AUGUUGACAGACACAGAAACUGCUGAUAGAGACAACCUGGCAGACUACCUAGACCGAUUGGACAUUGAAGAUGAAGUCUGCCCAGAGUCUCAGUUGAUACGCGGGAACAUAGAGAAGUCUAAAGAAAGUGAUGAUGAGAGCGACGAUGUGGGGAGAAUCUCGUACUACACGGGACGUCAUAUCUAUCUUGAGAGACGCGAGGUCUUCCUCGAAACAGAUGAACCAGAUAUACACAAUUCUCAGAGCGUUUUCCUAGCACACGGGAAUAAUCAGAUUCUGCAGCUUGAUAAGCUUCCCUCCAUGGUCAAUGACUUUGAUCUCAUACGAAAGCACACCAUCGAGAUCAUUAGGACGACUGACGCUAUGACGAUCGAGCGGUCUAUCAGGCUCGGAUACCUCAGCGAUCAGGCAAUAGAUCUUUCCAAACUUCAGGAGAGAUGCUAUAAAGCAGUUCAGGCUGCUUUCAUGGCUACAGACUCUGCCUGCGAAGACCCCAAGGAUCUUGAAGAGGAUACUUUGACACCGGAAGAAGGAGCAGAGGCCAAAGUUAAGCCAGAUCAAGCCUCUUAUUGCUGCUUUAUAGCCCUUAACAUGGCUUCACGUGUACUAGAAGCUUCGACAGCAAGGGAAAUGGCUCACAAGGUCUGUAGUGGUGCCAAUUUGGAUGAUCUUAUCUUUAACAUCGAAAUAUUUAAGCCACUAACCCAAAGCGAGCCAUGGGAAGCGGAUGUGCCAGAUAAGCCGGGGUACCAUCAUUUGUAUGCACUAUUGGGGUGUCUCAUGGCUACAGCGUAUGUCCACCAGUCCUUCGCUAUUGAGACCUUCUAUCUCGACCGAGCGAUUGCCAACCUCGACAUCGCAGUACUGAAGAUGCCAAACAACCCCUUCGAGGAAUUUCGGCACUACCUACAAACGGUACGGAAGAAGGUACAGCGAUUGCAGGUCUUCUUUCAACGCAUUGAGAUGGAAGAUGACCAAUCGAUAAACUCCGUUCUCUGCGCUGUCUGCAUACAGCUAAUGCCUGUUAUUGGAUUUCAUGAGACUAAUUAUCCGUACCACAACAUGGACUUUGAGUCGAUUUGCAGGAAAGCCGUGCUCAGGUGCAGAGCCUGUACUCUGUUCAGAGAUACCACCGCCUCGAUGUACCCGCUAUUCAAAAUGUCGUGGCCAGAAAUUCAGGAAAUUAACUACAGCAAUCGAUCCGUUGGUCGGCGUUGGUUCGGAGAGACUGAUGACCUCCUAGCUGACCUCCGGUGGGGUCUAGAUGGAGCGCUCAGGAUUGAGCUUAUUGCUCGCCGUGCUUACAUGGAAGAGAAUUUCUAUGCCACAUAUGAAUUGUACUGCUUACCAGGAGUUCCACCUCCUUGGAAAAUCAUUGGAACGGGAACACAUGUUCAGUAUGAUGUUAACUCGUCGGAAACCUGGGACAUGAUACGAAGCUGGAUCGGAGAUUGUAUCAAUGACCACGAGAAUUGCAAAGUUGAGAGCGAGGAUCGGCCGUUUCCGAGCCGUCUCGUCUCUGUUGGGGAUGAAGACAUAGAGCCUCAUCUGUUUAUAACCAACCCCGACGACAACGGCCGAUACAUUGCUCUAAGCCAUUGCUGGGGUGAUAAUAUGCCUCUCAAGACCACCAAAGCUAGCUUCACUGAGUUUUGCCACAGCAUCGGCUUCGCCCGGUUUCCAAAAACAUUCCAAGAGGCGAUCAUUGUUUGUCGGAAGCUCAACAUCGAGUACCUAUGGAUAGACUCACUAUGUAUCAUCCAAGAUGAUGAGCACGAUUGGGCUGUUGAGUCUCCCAAGAUGUGCGAUGUAUAUCAGAAUGCGUAUCUCACGAUCGCUGCCGCCGCAGCACAUAACAGCAGCGAAGGGCUGUUCCACCAACGACCUUUUAGCCUUCGAAAGUCAUUCCCAACUGUCUCUAAAUAUGAUGGCAAUGUUGAAGAGGUUGAGAUCUUCGCCAGGCCGUGGGAUUCACAAUGGCAUUGGCAGAAUAGCAUUGGCGAUGGCCCAGGGUGCCGUGACACCAACCCUCUUGAGACGAGAGCUUGGACGUUACAGGAGCACGUACUAUCACGCCGAAUCCUCCGUUUUGCUGCUCACGAGCUAGUUUGGCAUUGUCGCACGGCGCAUCUCUGCGAGUGUCGUCCAGGGUCACAUGUAACUAAAGGGCCGCUCGGGCUCAUCAACCUGGAGGACUGGAAAUUAGGCGAAGAUUCCAAUGAUGACUGGCGGAUUCUGGGGCCAUUCAUUGUGUGGAUGAAUAUCAUCGGUCCAUUUACCAGGCGUGCUAUCACCCGCGAUACAGAUCGACUACCAGCUGUCUCAGGGGUAGCUGCUGCACUUGCACCUUUCAUCAAGACAGAGUAUAUCGCGGGACGAAGAUAUGCUGGCACGUGGAAGAGGGGUCAACUUCCAGACAUGAAGCAUACUAUGCGCCGACGUGGUCUUGGGCCUCUGUCAUAG